AUGGCUGAACAGGAUCCCUCCUUUCUCCAUUCUAGAAUGCUUGAUCCGCUGGAUAGUCCUGGACCAAUUCCCGUGGAGUAUUCUCGACAGAGCCAGUCUCUGGCUGCUGACAUACUAGAAACGAAUAGGCUAGCAGGCCUCCAUCCCACAACAGCAUGGCAUCCUGAAAUCCAAACAAGCCAGGCAAGAGCAGCACUUUUCACCAGUGAAGAGUUCCAUCUAAUGUCAAGAUUUUCAUUUCAACCCAACUCGAUGCCAAACACUGCACAACAAUCUUUUUUCACAGGUUUGCAGGGAAGUGUAUCAGAUAGACACAUUCUUGAAAUGGAAAAUGGAAUGAGACAGGCUCAGCAAGAAGAAAAUAGAUCUUUGCAGGCACCGCAGCUAAGAGUAGACACCCCGCAUGUGCAGAACAAUGGGAACCAAUUUCCUCUUCAAGGCAGACAUUCUCUACCAUUCACAAUGGGGCAGCAAGCUGAAGCACAGCAAAUAUAUCAGACCUCUCAGCCCCAAUCUCACCCUCAAAUUCAAUCAAUGGGUCAAGAUAUGCAGAGAAACAUCUCACAGCAGGGUUUGCAGCAAUCUGAGUCAAGACCCAGCACUUCUGAAUCAAGAAAGGAAAGGCCUUCAGUCAAGCACCUCACUUGCUGGUGGUGGAAUGAGAAGGGCAAGUGCAAAUACACUGUGGAUGAAUGUCUCUAUGCACAUCAUAAGACAGGAAGGGUCGCUGAUGCGCCAAGACAAGUGAAAGCAGGUGAGCCCCCGGUUGCGGGAAGGAAGCUGAUGAGGGCCCUGAGGGAGGAGGCAGAAGAGAGGGCAAAGAGAGCGCCAGAGCGAGAGAUGAGCAUCCUCCAAGCCCAGAACAAAGCCCUUCGCGAGGCCUACACCGCUCUGAGCUCGACAACCUCGCAAUCCCUCUCAGCGAUCUCCACCCUACGUCAAUCUCUCACAAGACUGACCGUAGAAGUAGGUAAUGUUGAGAGGGGCCAUGCGGGUCUUCUCCCGCACUCCACCACACCAGAAUAUGGCAAAUAUCAAGUAGACUCGCAUUUGGCGCGCGUCCUGAGAGUCGUUGAAGACGAGGGUCUGCUUGCAGGCGUGGGGGAGCGGCAAACACGGGCACAGGUGGUGCGAGUGGAGGCGUCUUUGGUGGCUGUGGGGUUGGGGGAACUUGUCGAGGACGGGAAGCGAAGAGCAGUGACGUCAAGAGGGUGGUGA